GUGCACUGUGUCCCUCGGACACAGCGGAUCACCGAUCAUGGAAAGAGUCGAAGAUGUCGGCUCGGUCAUGUGAUCAGCUGUAUCCAAUCACAGCUGAUCACAUGGGACAUGAACACUGAUCAUCAGGGCACUGAUGAUCAGUGUGCCCUGAUGAUCAGUGUAGCCCCAGCAGUGCCACCUGUCAGUGUCCAUCAGUGCCUUGUGUCAGUGCUCAUCAGUGCCUCAUGCCAGUGCCCAUCAGUGUCACAUCAAUACCACAUAUCAGUGCCUACCAGUGCACAUCAAUGCCACCUAUCAGUGCCAGUCAGUGCCACCUGUCAGUGCUGCCAAUCAGUGCCACCUAUCAAUGCCAAUCAAUCCACCUAUUAGUGC